GGGUGAUUGACGUGGGAAGCGCGGGAGGCGGCGGCAGAGAGAAGUGUGAACAAUGGAUGAAGAUUUCAGUGCUCCCUCGGUGCCUUCAUCACUCACUGAGAGUUUAGAGAUGGCUAUGGAAGUGGAGAGACAAUGCGCCAGACUCCUCUGUUUCUCCUGUGCAUCAGACACCACAAAUGGAGGGAAAAGCUUUUCUGCUGAUUCUUAUUUAGCAAGUGGGUCUCUUAAGAGGGUUUUGCUGGGGCUGGAUCCUUUUCCAAAUGACUAUGAAGAAGACAUCAUAGAGUUAUUUGGUUUCCAGUGGGUUACCGAAACUGCUUUAGUUGAGUCUUGUACACUUCUCUUUGGAUUAUUUAGGCAGCAAAUACACAAAUUGGAAAACCUCAUUCCACCAAGUUUAUCUGACUUUGGUCAGGCUGCAGAGCUUCACUGGGAAGCCCAAAACAUCAGGCAGCAGUGCAUUCAGUUCCUGCAGUAUGCAAAAAUGUUCAUCUUCAGAUAUCUGGUGCCACACAAAGCAGAAGAUGAGUUGCUUCAUCCAUUUGAAAAGCAGGAAGCACAAUUCCCUUCAUUACUUGUUGAGGAACUCCAUUCUUUGACAUUGCACGUUGGACACCUGCAUGAACUCUCUAGUUGUGUUCUUGGAGGAUUGACUGUUCCGCCACAAGCAAAGUUAUUUUCCCCAUCAUGGCAUCUGAUGCAUCUUCAUCUAGACAUCCACUGGUCAUUGUUGGAAAUUCUUCAUCUUCUUGGUGAAAAGAUGCCAAGGCAAACAGUGUACGCUCACAGGUUCUCAAAUUUAACAGGUGAAAAUUUAACCAAUAUCAGUUUGUUUGAAGAACAUUGUGGAAACCUCUUCUAUGAUCUGAUAAGUUUGGCAGCUAACAGGUAUACAAAGGUAAGGCCCUCUGAAGCUCUAAGUAGUCACCACUACCCUUGCACAUGUAUAAAAGAAUUGUGGAUUUUGCUUAUUCAUCUGCUCAAUCACAGAAAUAAAGGAUCCCUUACAGAGUCUUUUUGGAGCUGUUUGAAUAACAUUCUAAAGGAUGUAUUUGGAAAAAAGAGGGAUACAGAAGCAGUAUCUGCCUUCAAAUCAAUUCCUUGCAAGGACCCCCUGACUUUUUGUUGGUGGCUUAUAACUCACUUGGCAUUACUUCACCAUGUUGACCGCAAUGGGAAUGUAGAUGAAAAGAAACCAAUAGACUCUAACUGGUCCUUUGUGGAAGAUCUAUUGAAGCAGUCCAUCAAUAGUCAAGCUGGAAUAUUAGAGGAACAGUUACGAACGCAUCUUCAGUGCUGUUUGACAUUAAGUCGUAUCUGGGAUAUGAACCUCUCAGCCAUCACCAUACUCUGGGAACAUUAUAGCAAGAAUCUGAACAGUCACUUUACUAUUCCUUGGUUUGGUCUCAAAGGUCUUGCAAAUAUUAGUAAAACACCCAUGUCUAUGUAUGAGUCAGUGAAGAGAUGUUGUGGCGACAUACAUACUCCUGACAUGUAUACCACCAGCAAUAGUUACCAAUUUUUUCUUCACAUUUUGGUACAAGUAAUGAAGAAGGCAGCGAAGACCAAUGGCACUAAUCCCUGGAAGCAGAUCAAAGGAAGAAUUUAUUCCAAAUUCCACCAGAAAAGAAUGCGAGAACUGACGGAGGUGGGCCUGCAGAACUUUUUCCAUCUUUUCCUCGUGCUGGCAGCUAUAGCAGAGACAGAGGACGUUGCCAGCCGCGUGAUGGACCUUCUGCAUUUCCUUAGUCCGGUGUCUACAAGCCUUUCUCUGAGAGCUUUGAUCUGGAAGGGCUACUUUGCCUUCAUCUUAACGUAUGUUGAAAGGAACAUGGAUAUCAGUGUGCUAGCUGAGGAAGUCUCAAAUGACUUCCACAAAAAGGCAAAGGAAUUCUUAGUUGCCAGAAAUGACCCCUUGCAGAAACAAAACCUCUGGGUGCUGCUUUCCAUUUACGUUGAUGGCGUCCAAGAAGUUUUUGAGACCAGCUGCCACUUGCACCUUUCCGAAGAAAAGCUGCUGAGUGAUGGCUUUAGUAUGCUGCUGCCUGGUUGCCGAGGAGCUGAACUUGCAAGAGUGUUUAGCUUCUUGCAAGAUGUUCUGUUCAGACUGAGGACUGUGCACAAACACUUAAACCAGGGACUGCCUUCAGGGAAUACAGGCCCUAAUGCUCAGUUGUCGUCGGUGGCGAAAGAGCACCACCUUGCUGUUGCCAGAGCUCUCUGGAGAAAUUUCUUUCCCUUCUUGAAGAGCCAGAGAAUGCUGCAGACUCCUUGUUCUCAGCUUGCAGAUACAGCUGCAGGUUUUACUUUACUGGCUUUGGAUUUGCCCAGCACAUGUACAUCAGAUCUUCAGCCUCAACCAGUUUUAUCAAUGAUGCAGUUGUUCGGGUGGGAUGAUAUGGUUUGCCCUCGGCUGGUUUCAAGGUAUCUAAGCCACCUAAUACAAAACAGUGAAUUGUCUGAGGCUCUUACUAGAAUGGGUCAUAUGUCCUACCAACCCUUGUUGGUACAGUCUUGGUUUCGAUGCGUUUUGCAAAUGUUUAUCGAUCAGCCUCCUGAUACUUUGAUCAGGACAGAUGCUGAGCGAACAUCUGAUAAGGCUUAUAUGGAACAACUGACCGAGCUCACAAGAUUGAUAUUAAAACUUCCAGAAGUUAGAGAUAUCUUUGCAAAGGCUCAUGUUGAUGAUUCACUCUCCAAACAAGACCCUAAUGAGGCUGUUUUUCAAUUUGUUAAGGCUGUUGGUAAAAAUUACAGUGGACUUCAGACACUAGCUGAAAAAUCAGCCAUGGUGGCAAAGGCACUGGAAUAUCUUGGUGAUGUAUUAAAAUAUGUAAAACCCUACUUGACAAAGAAAGGACCUGCGGAAGGAUUGCAUCUCACCUACAGGAUUAUAGGAUGCCUUGUGAAGUCUUGGGCACCCAUACUGGCUACUUCCAAAGCACAACAGCUCUUGUUCCGCAUAAUAGAUUGCUUGCUCUUGCCACAUGCUGUGCUCCAGCAAGACAAAGAGCUGCCUGCAGCGAUGUUGUCUGCCAUUCGGGAGAAUCUUCCUCUGUUUCUUCAGGGCUUGUCCUUGAUAUGCUGCCAGUCUCAGACUCAAGGGGCCUAUUUGAAUCAGUUGCUAGGAAAUGCAAUUCAGCAGUAUUUUGGGCGCUUCCUCUCUUCCUCACCUUCCGCUCCUCGAGCUGGACAGCAACACCCUGUUUUGCUGGCCAUGUGCAGCACCACCACCAUUCCAGGAGUCUUGCAUCUCCGUAAGACCACCAUGCAAGUCAUCAGUGAAAGUUACCUGUCGUUCAAAGGUCAUGCCCCUCCUCCUCGCCUGGCUUCAGUUCUUGCUUUCAUUAUUGAAGCAUUCCGGAGGACCAAGAGCAUUGAAAUGUGUGACGUUCAGCUGCUGCUCCCUUCUGUGUUGAAAUGCCUUGUGCUGGUUAAUGAACCACAAGUUAAAAAACUGUCUACAGAGAUUCUACAGUGUGUUGUAGAAGGCUGCCAAGCGGGGUCAGGAGGAGAGCUUGCCACCCAGCUGAUUUCUGUGUUUAGGCAGUUUAUCCAAGAUUACACUACUGUGUAUGAUAAUCAAGUUUAUAGCAUCUUGGAAGCAGUGGCAGUCUUGGACCAGUCUCUAGUUAUCAGCCUGAUUCCUGCUAUGACAGAGGCCCUGAGGAAUUCAGAGUACAAACAAGGUCUUGGCAGAAACGCUGUGCAAAGAGAAGCCUAUAAAAGACUCUUAUCUCUGCUCCGAGAGGCUGGACAAAUGGAGAUACUGAAGCUGGGAAAUGAAACACAUUAGCAGCACGCCGAUUGUUACUUUCCGCACAGUCAUUGCAAGGAAUGCUGUUCCUUUAUGGAGACUGCCAAUUCCCUGUCUACAGGUGGACGCUGUCUUAGCUUUAAAAUGUGUACUUUGUCCCUCGGUAGCCUUUGGCUGUAACGUUUUAAUAGUGCACGCAACGUGGGUGGGGUGGGAUGAGGAGGUAGCGCCAAUGUUUUUCUCUUCCAUACUGCGACUGCAGAACCAUUGAAUCCUAGUAGCAGGGACUAUUAGAAGGAAAUGACAACAAGUAAAGGAAAGUUGAUGACUUAAGGUAUUGUUGAAGGCUCCCCCCCCCCUUUAAAGCAAAAAUAGUCAAAGGGCAGCAGCAAAGGUAAUCUCUAACAGUAAAGUUUUUUCUGCUCUAAUGAAUCAAUACGCUGUGGCUGUCAGGCCUUUCAUUCUGACACCUUGAGUGAUGUUUUGCUCACAAACACUUCAUAUGAGCUUGGCGGCUGCGAGGGGGUUCAAUCUAAGCAAGGCCAGGGUUAGGUCAGGAUGCUUCAGCCCCCUUAUGUUAACAGAAGAGCUGGUGUCCGUGUUGCGUGGAACGGUGACAGCUGUCCUAGCAUUGUCCCUGUAUUAAAAAUGUGUAGAUGCGCACUGCAGAAUUCGACCUCUUAACCCCCUUCUCUGUUGUCCUUGUACGGUUUUGCUCCUCGUAUGGUGGAGCGAGCUGCGCUCCCGUACUUGAAUAACAAGGGCUGAUGCAGUUAUAAGAAUUGCUACCCAGGUCACUAUACAAAUGUCAUCAAUUCCUUUUCUCCCCACCACCCCAAUUUUCUAUUAUCAGUAUAAGAAUCCCUAGCAAGGAAAAAAAGUUUCAACCAGAUUCUAAGACAGGGAGGAAGGAAUGCAGGUGCAAAAACAUCUUAAUUCAAAUCUCUGCUUACUUUUUUUUUUUGCAUCACGUAUGAUUACAUUUUGUAUGUAGUAAAUUGGAUUUGUUAGAUAUUUCAGAAUGUUUAUGGUAUUUUAUCCCUACAGUUCUGAGCUCUAUCAUAAUUCUCCCUGUAAUUUCCAAAUUUAUUUGAUGUAUGGAAUUCAUGCUUCCAUUAAAUUACACAAUCUUAGCAACUUACAAGUCAUUUGAAUUGCAGUAGUGAGUUGUAUGGACUUGGCGGCAAAGUCAGGGAACCAAACUAACUUUUCAGAGUUAAUGAUGAAAGACUGGUUUUUUUGUGUGUGUGUCUUAUCAAUUACUGCCAUGGAAACUUCUCCAUAAUCUUGUUCAGAGCCUUUCUGUAUUGUUACCGUAUUCUUAUGUAAAGGUAGCAGAUUAUCUCUUUCCUAAAUCAACUAUCAUUACUUCAGAUAAUACAGUAACUAAAAGCCUCUCUUAGGCUACUUAAUAUUGCAGAGCAUGGAGGUUCUUUUCAUUAUGAAAGUGACUUUUUGAACCUGCAUUGUAGCUUCUUGUAAGCUCCUACACCUGGGAGUUUUAUUCAUCUCAAAAGGCCUCAAUUUCUAGAGGGGGGGGGAAUUAAGCCUCUUCAAGUGAGAUGCCUUCAAAAUCUGAGUCUCAGAUAACAUCUUUAGCAUAGACUUCUUCAAAAUGAAGCCUCUGUCUUCUGAAAUAAUAGAAGUGUAUAUUGUAACAAACUGUCUAACGGAACAGAGUGUUUCUUAUUAUUUCCAGAAUAAUUAAUACUUAACUGGGAUUUCUUUUUCUUUUCUUUUCUAAAGGUUUAUGUAAAAGUAACAUUGCUCUCAGUGCAUAAAAAAUUACUUGUUAAUGUCUCCAGUUAAGCAGUCAGUUGAAAGAUUUAUUAACUAACUGCCUUUGAAAAUACUAUCAAAUGACCACUGACAAAUGAUCAUUUAUCUGCGGCUUUAUGCAGUAGAUAUGAUUAAUAAUAUUGCAAGUGAGGUUUGUAAGGUCUUCUAGCUGGUUAACUAGAGAACUUCCAGAAAGUAGGAAACUGAAAAAGUGAUUUUACAGCCCACAAAAAAUGAUGGAAACUGAGCUGCAUUGAUCCGUUUCUGUGUUGUAUAUAUUUGUGUGCGGAUGUCAAAAGUUGUUUAUGCUUAUUUUAACAUUGCUUUUUUAUGAAGUUGUUUUGUUUUUAUGGUAAAUUCAUUUAUAAAAUUCAGGACCACAAAUCCUGAUCAUGGAACCCACUUCAAAGCAAGUAUGGGUCAGAAGUAUGUUACCCUGAUUUAUAAUUGCAUGUCUAGAAAGACUGAUGUCAGUGUGACUACCCUACAGUAUUCUAACUGAUUUGAUUGCAAACUAAAAAUCAUUUUAUUGUGA